GUGAUUACGGUAACGUCCAGCUCCCGUGGAUUGUUUGCUGCUCCGGUCUGUGAAAGCACGGAGCGCUGCGAUGAGACGCCACACUAUCUGCGCGGCUCAAUCACUGUAAUAACCACUAACGCAUCACUCAGAAGCAAACUCUGGAGACCACUCCGCGUCCAGCUGUACUUUUUUAGGGGACCCCGCAGGACAGUUGGAAGAGCCAGCAGCAGAAGCAGCAUCAUCUUCUCCAUUUGGGUUUAGGAGCAAGGUGUGAACGCCCCAUCUAAUUUCUGUUUUCGGCGUGUGCACCAUGGCGUCUAAACCUCACCCUCCUCUGAUGAAGAAGCACAGCCAGACAGACCUGAUAAGCCGCCUGAAGAGCCGGAAGAUCCUCGGAGUCGGUGGCGAGGAUGAUGAUGGAGAAGUGCACCGCUCAAAGAUCAGUCAGAUGCUCGGAAAUGAGAUGAAAUUCACAGUGCGAGAGCCUAUCGGGCUGAGGGUGUGGAUACUCAUCUCUGCCGUGGGUUUUACAGUUAUGGCUGUGAUGGCCCUAGUGUUUCCCAACCAGCUAUAUGAGGUUGUUUUUGAGGAGGAGCUCUCCACGACUAGCAUCUCUAUUCGCCUUUAUGGAGGAGCACUGCUCAGCCUGGCCCUUAUCAUGUGGAAUGGUCUCUACACAGCAGAGAAGAUCGUCAUCCAGUGGACCCUGCUCAGUGAAGCCUGCUACUUUGCCGUCCAGUUUCUUGUGACAUCCUUCACCUUAAUGGAGGUUGGCAUCCUGCCCAACGCUGCCAUUCUCCUGCUCCUCAGCCGGGUGCUCUUCCUGCUGGUCACCAUGGCGUACUACUACCACCUGGGCCGCAAGCAGAAGAAGAUCUGAGCUGACUGUUUGAAACUUCCAGGGAGGGGGACAGCUGAGCACAGAGCACAAACAAAGGGGUCAGAAGGUUUGGAAUAUUAUUUGAUUGGGGCUCGGAGCAUUAUUUUGCCGGUGGAUGCCCCCCUGCCCCCUUUCCAUGGGACCUAGCCUAUUGUAACCCCACCCCCACCCCCCAGUAUUCAACAGAUGAGCACAGUCUCAUAUUCCAGACUCUACAACAAGAACGAGAAAUCUCACAGUGAAAGCGAAUUACUCUCUCACAUGGCUGUAAAGUCGAGCCCUUCUUGACACACAUCCUUCCUUUGUGCAGUUCUGAGAGCUGUUAUAAAGAAGGAGCUUUCAGUUUUUAGUGCAUUGCUUUCAUGUGUCACCUAGUUAUAUGAUUUAAUUUGUACAGUGCAUCUAUGUUGUUCAUGUACAGCCACGUGAUUUCCUGAUUCAGUAUUUUGUGUUAUCUAGAGUUGCAUCCUGACACCUGCUUCUUAAUCACACUCAAGGACCAAAAUCUGUGCUUUAAUUAGUUUCCUGGUUGAUGCUGUUGAUGUUAACUCAUACUGUAUGUUUGCUUAAGUGAAGCUUGAAUUUCUGUGCUCUUGCAUGCUUUUUCUGACAAUUCUGCUUCUUUGAACACAUUGAAUGGGAAAAGCAUCCACUUUGCUUUAGUGUAAAUUCAGGUGCAGUCAGAUAAGCUAAAUGCUGGAUGAGACAAUGAACAUUUUCUUAUACUGCUGACAGCACACUGAGGAAACUCCUAAAGGUCAGUUUUUACUCUCAAUCAUACCCAUCAACCAUAUUCAGAUUUAGACUACCCAAAACAAAAUGCUGAAUCUUUUUUUCAGGGACAAAGUGGGUUUUUUUUUUUUAUUCCUUUAAGUAUCAGUCAAGAAGUUCAACCAAAGUGAAUAGGAAUUGUAUUUGAUAGAAUAUUUAUACUUCUGAGAUUAACAGUAAAUGGUAUGUAAUGUUGAAACGGUCACGUGAACUGACUGGUAGAAGGGAGGUGGUGUCGUUCUCUCAUUGUUGUGUGAGCGCCGGUAGGCAGGAGUGAUCUUACAGAAAGUAUGUUAACGUUCUGACCUUUAAUGUCACAAGCCAAGCAUGUCGGUGUGCAGAGCAAACAAACCUGAGCUGGUUCCUCCUCGCUGAUGUAGCACAGAUUUUUACAUACACCUUCUCCUUAGCCUUAAAACUACUUAAAUAACAUCAACACUGCAUCCUACUUCUUGUAUAUAUGUAAAUAAAAGUAUUAACUAG